AUGGUGGUGCUGCCCAUUGCUCCAAGUUCAGAGUCAUCAGGAGCAGUGUCUUACUCAGUACAAGGCUCAGAAGAGGAAGAAGGGGCUGCCCGUGGACCAUCUGUGGGACAGCCCGAAAGCACCAUGGCCAGGUCCUUAAACAGUAGCGUAUGGCCGGGAAGCGCCAGGCGCAGCGGGAGGGUGCGCACCAGCCUCUGCUGCAGCCCCUCGACGUCACGCUCCCGCCCGGGGCUCCCGAGGAGCGCAGCUGUCCGCGGGCCUGGCUACCAGCCCCGGCCGAGCCCCAUCCCUCACCUCGGGGAGCCCGGGACCCAGCGCGGAGACCGGAUUGUGCAACCCGAGGAGUCCCCGCCAGGAUCCCCGCCGUGCGCCCGCUCUGAGCGGAGAGGGGCUUCCCCGAGGCGCACCGAGAGUGGCCCGAGCGGGAAGCGCAACCAGCACUCGGGUCGGCGCCAGAGGGACCCGCGGGCCCGGCCACCCACAGGCUGGAGGCACCUGGGUGUCCUCACCGCCGGGGCCCGCGCCCGUGCGGCCAGGAGGCGGCGCGCGCCCGCGGACACCCCCAGACCCCGGCCCAGGCCCGGCCGGGCACCCGGGACUCCGGCCAGUGGCACAGCCGCGGCCCGGGCCCGCCCCGCCCCGGCGCCCGCGCCCAGCCCCGCGCUCGCGCCGGGGACUCACCAGCUCCCGGUGAAAGUUGCGGGGCGGCGGCGGCUGCGGCGGCGCUCCACGGUGACUCGAGUUCAGAGCGGGGGGCGCGACGGGGCGGCCCGGAGGGGCCCGCGCAGGGCAGGCUGCGGGCUCGGGGCCCGGGGUGGCGCAGCCGCCCCUCCUGCCGCGGGCUGGAGGCUGCAGCGCGUCGGGCCCGGAGGCGCCACGGCAGGGGAGCGAGCGGCGGACAGCCCGGAGCGGCGGGAGAGGAACUGGCUGUCUCUGGGCUCGGCCAAGAGGUCCCAGCUACUUCCUGGUGCUCGGAUUUGCAUACUGCGCCAGGAGGGCGGGGAAGUGACCGUUUGGCCCCUGCCCAAGGUUUGGGUCUUUGGUGUGGCCGUCGCGCGAGCUUUGAAGGCAGAGAGACUUAGCCUCUCAGUGUGCCGCUCGGGAAUGUGGAGCCGCUGGGGCCCGACAUCCUCCUGUGACGGGGGCAGAAGGAUCUUCCAGGGAGAUCCUCUGGAGCCUGGACGUGGGAGCCUGGCGACAAAACCUCUCGCGUCUCCUUUGCUUCUUUUCCAUCGUACUCCCUAUAAGUGGGGUACCCCUGACAGCAGAGGGGGCACGCUCUGGUCCCCUACAUCUGGCGUUCUCAAGAAAGAGGAUGAGAUGGGCCGAGUGGAUGUUCAGCGUCUGAGUUCUUAAUCAUCAGUACAGAGAUCCAGGUGUUCAGCAUCAUGUGGAUGCAUCCUAAGA